AUGAAUACAGCUAUUAGUUUUCUUGUCAAUAUGAUUAGUGAACCAGCCAUACUAGCUCAAGUAAAAGAAUCACAAGUAACACCUGUAUUUCUUCGUUUAACAUCAUGUCAAUAUAAACCAUUAGUAAUAAAUGCUUAUAAUCUUAUUGCUGAUACGACACGUGAAGAAGAUAUCAAAGAAAUGGAUAAACCUGGUCAACUACUUGAAAACAUUAUUGAUUCACUUAAAACUACAUUACAGCAACCGUCUAAGGAUACAAGUCACCACGAGCAAUUACUCGAAACUUUAAAAGGUAAUCAGUUUUGUGCAUAUAUUUUUCAUACGAACUUUCAUUUGGAAUAUGAUUACAUACAAUGUUGUUAG